AUGGAGGCGCAGAGUUCGCGGGAGCCCGACCCGCCCACCCCCACCGCCCGGGCCCGUUCGAGGCCCGAUCCCUUCCUGAUCACCUGCCGAUGCUUCAGCGUCAUCACUGCUCUUGCCGGCGUCCUCUGCAUCGCCGUCAACAUCCUCUCCGCCGUCCACUCUUUCAGCAACGGAUCUGAUAUUUUCGACGGGAUAUUCCGGUGUUACACGGUGGUAAUUGCCUCGUUUGUGGUGGUCGCCGAGACUGAGUGGGAAUUCAUCAUGAAAUUCUCCAAGGUUUUGGAAUAUUGGGCAGGCAGAGGAAUGCUGCAAAUCUUUGUUGCAGUUAUGACCCGAGCUUACCCCGAGUACUUAAGGGAUCGUGAAGAGCUUUUUCUUCUUCAGAGCAUUUCUAGCUACAUACUUCUUGCAUGUGGUGUGGUUUACAUUAUAUCAGGAAUGUUCUGCAUUGGCAUGGUGAAACGUGCUCGCCAGAAAAAAGAAGUUUCGAGGGAGCAAGCAAUAAAGGAUCUUGGGGAGCUUGAGCGGCGUCGAGAAGAACUUGAGGCAUUGUUGGUCCCUGGCGAAGCUUGACUCAGAGCUCGAACGUGGCUAGAGAAACGCCGCGCUGGUCAGCCUGGAUCGAACUACACUGGCCCUGCUGUUUAAAGUUAAAAAGCUAAAACAGAGUGAGGCUUAAAAAGAUACUCCAAUUUUUUAUUGAUUGAAUCUCAGUUAUACAGUUAGCCACUUAUUUGCUGGCUCUUUGUAUUAGCUUUCCUAACAAUUCUUUGUUUUUGAGAGGUCUCAAGAUUGAUUUCACAAGGAUUCAUUUCAUCUCUA